CUCAGCCCUUGAGUUCCCACGGGUUCCUGCGGGGGCAGAGCCGCUGGGGGACGGGGCUGGGGGGCUCCUGUCAGGGCCUCACUCUCUGGUGGCCUCUGAGACAGUGAGGUCCUGGGAGGUUGGACAGACAAUCGGUCCAGAAUCCUAAGGCCAGGACAAGGGCUUCAGGAUGUGGACCCUGGUUUUAGGAACCGGUGCAGUGACAUGUGGGAGCGUCAGCCUGACUGUCUCCUGUCCCGGGUUUGAUUGCAGCCAAGGGCACAAACCACGGGUGCGGACUCCUCCCCUGCUUCUGCCCUGCUGGGGGUCCGGCAGGAGGCAACCUAUCUGCUCUUUCCCUCACGUCCAUGUUUUCCUCGGUAUUCCGGCUCCCACACUCCCUACAAUCAAUGGAGAAAUACCCUGGGGAUAUGGACUUUGAGGACGUGGCCGUUGCCUUCUCUGAGGAGGAGUGGGGGCUCCUUGAUGAGGCUCAGAGACUUCUGUACUGCGAUGUGAUGCUGGAAGUGUUUGCACUUGUUUCAUCUGUAGGUUGUUGGCAUGAACCAGAUGAGGAGGCCUGUUCUGAGCAGAGAGUACCUGUACAAGGAGAGUCACAGGUCAGGGCUUCUAAGACAGAGCUAGCAACCCAGAGGAUCCGUCUGUGUAAGCGGUGUUUCUCUGUGUUCAAAGCUUUUCUGCACCUGACUGAGUCACAAGCAGCAGACAUUGAGCAGAAAGCCUUCAGUGACGCAUGUGUGAGAGACUUCUGUUUCGGUGCAAACCCUCACCAGCAGCAAGGGGAAGCCAGUGGAGAGAAGCUCUGGAAAGAAACUGUGGACAGGGCCUCGUUCGUGACCAGGUGCAGCUUCCAAUCUUGGGUGCCUUCAACCAAUGCAAAGGUUGGGAAAGUCUCCCCAGGCAUCUCAGCGCUUCUCCAGCAGCAGGCCCCUCUCAACACUGGGGAGCUACACAGUGAAAGUGAGAUUUCACAGGAGUUUGUUGGUCGAAAAAGUCAUCACAAUUGGUGUGGACAUAAAAAAACUGAUAGCAACAGCGGGAAAGUCGAUCAACAUGAGCGUAUCUGCUCUGAAGAAGUCAAUAAUGAGGGUAACAAAAGUGGGAAAGUUUCUACACGUACAUUUAACCUCAAUCAACGUACAAGUGUUCACACUGGAGAAAAGCCCUGUGAGUGCACUGAUUGUGGGAAGUUCUUCAGGCGAUGGUUUAACCUCAAUCAACACAAGAGAGUUCACAAUGGUGAAAAGCCCUAUGUGUGUGGUGAUUGUGGGAAGUCAUUCAGGCAUAAGUGUGGCCUCAGUGUUCAUCAGAGAACUCACACUGGUGAAAAGCCCUAUGAGUGUGGUGAUUGUGGGAAGUCAUUCAGGUAUAAGUGUGCAUUCAACAAUCACCAGAGAAUUCACACUGGUGAAAAGCCCUAUGUGUGUGCGGAUUGUGGGAAGUCAUUCAGGCAAAAGGGUAGCCUCAUCAGUCACCAAAGAACUCACACUUGUGAAAAGCCCUAUGUGUGUGGUGAUUGUGGGAAGUCAUUCAGCAAAAAGAGUAACCUUGACAGUCACCAGAGAGUGCACACUGGUGAAAAGCCCUAUGUGUGUGGUGAUUGUGGGAAGUCAUUCAGUUAUAAGCGUGGUCUCAACAAUCACUGGAGAACUCACACUGGUGAAAAGCCCUAUGUGUGUGGUGAUUGUGGGAAGUCAUUCAGUGAAAAGUAUAGCCUCAACAGUCACCAGAGAGUGCACACUUGUGAAAAGCCCUAUGUGUGUGGUGAUUGUGGGAAGUCAUUCAGCAAAAAGAGUAACCUUAACAGUCACCAGAGAGUGCACACUGGCGAAAAGCCCUAUGUGUGUGGUGAUUGUGGGAAGUCAUUCAGUGACAAGAGUAGCCUUAACAGUCACCAGAGAGUGCACACUGGUGAAAAGCCCUAUGUGUGUGGUGAUUGUGGGAAGUCAUUCAGUCAAAAGGGUGACCUCAACAGUCACCAGAGAGUGCACACUGGUGAAAAGCCCUAUGUGUGUGGUGAUUGUGGGAAGUCAUUCAGUCAAAAGGGUGGCCUCAACAGUCACCAGAGAGUGCACACCGGUGAAAAGCCCUAUGUGUGCGGUGAUUGUGGGGAGACAUUCAGUCAUAAGGGUGGCCUCAACAGUCACCAAGGAGUGCACACUGGUGAAAAGCCCUAUGUGUGUGGUGAUUGUGGGAAGUCAUUCAGUCAAAAGGGUGGCCUCAACAGUCACCAGAGAGUGCACACUGGUGAAAAGCCCUAUGUGUGUGGUGAUUGUGGGAAGUCAUUCAGUAUUAAGUAUACCCUCAACAGUCACCAGAGAGUGCACACUGGGGAAAAGCCCUAUGUAUGUGGUGAUUGUGGAAAGUCAUUCAGGGAAAAGUGUCACCUCAAAAUUCACCGGAGAACUCACACUGGUGAAAAGCCCUAUGUGUGUGGUGAUUGUGGGAAGGCAUUCAGUGAAAAGUAUAGCCUCAACUGUCACCAGAGAACUCACACUGGUGAAAAGCCCUAUGUGUGUGGUGAUUGUGGGAAGUCAUUCAGCCAAAAGUGUAACCUCAAAAGUCACAGGAGAAUUCACACUGGAUAAAAGCCAUAUGUGUGUUUUGAUUGGGGGAAGUCACUCGGUGAAAAGUGUAGCCUCAACACUCACCAGAGAGUGCACACUGGUGAAAAGCCCUAUGUGUGUGGUGAUUGUAGGAAGUCAUUCAGUGAAAAGUGUAGCCUCAACACUCACCAGAGAGUGCACACUGGUGAAAAGCCCUAUGUGUGUGGUGAUUGUGGGAAGUCAUUCAAUCAAAAGUGUAACCUCAGCAGUCACAGGAGAACUCGCACUGUUUAAAAGCCCUAUGUGUGUGGUGAUUGUGGGAAGUCAUUCAGUCCAAAGGGUGGCCUCAACAGUCACCAGAGAGUGCACACUGGUGAAAAGCCCUGUGUGUGUGGUGAAUGUGGGAAAUCAUUUUGCUCCAGUCACCAUCUCCUUAACCAUAAGAGAAUUCACACUGGACUAAAGCCGUAUUAAUGUACUGAUUGUGGUAAGUCAUUCAGGAAACGCUGUAACCUCAUCCGACACCGCAGAGAUCACUUUGGAGAGAAGCCUAAUGAGCUGGGAAAUCAUACAGGCAAACCGCUGCUCUCCCACAUCAUCAGAGGGUUCACACUGGAGAAACGCCAUCUGAGGGUGGUGAUUGUGGGAACUCCUUCAGCCAAAGUUCUAUGCUCACGGGCCACAACAGAACCCUGUUAUUAGAUACCUGUGUGUUUGUCUUCCAGCCCUGCCUUUUAUUUUCUCUACAAUCAGGCAGUUCACCUGGAGUCUCUGAGCCUGGUUUCCUCCUCAGGAAAUAGAUGGUUAAGCCAUGUCGGGUUGCGGAGAGGAUUAAAUGAUAUAAUUCUUGUGAAGCAUUGAAUCCAGGGCCUGACGGGUGUAGUGAACAUUGAGUGACUUAGCUCCAUAGCUUCACAAUGUGUGCUGACUGCAGAUAUGCAGACAUUGUACGAAAUGUUGACUUGUUGGUCUUUGUAUCUUCUCAAAUUUUGUUGUUAAAUGAAUACGAUAGGAUUGUGUAUGUUGUCUCAUAGCCUGCUGUUUCUUGUAAAAAUGUGAAAUUUGUACGUUAGAAAUAAAAGCUCUGACAGCUGGA